UGGGUCAUGAAGCUGAAUGUGUUGCUGUGGACCGCGGCUCUCCUCGGCGCCUUCCUGCCCCGCUCUGCUGACGGCCGGCCCGCCGAGGAUCCCGCCACCCGCCGCCUCGCCAUCCCGCGACCGCUGCUCCUCCACCAGGGAGAGGAGUUCUCCCUCCGGCUGGGCGGAGGCGGCUCACCCUCCUCCUCCUCCUCCUCCUCCUCCUCCUCCUCCUCAGCAAUGAACCGAGCUCUUCUGCAGCUCAUACAGCGCCUCCUGCAGGCCCGGGCGGAGCAGCAGGAGGACCAGGGGGACGAUGACGGGGAGGAGGAGAAGGGGAAGAGGUCCGAGGAAGCGCCCAUCUCUCUGGACCUGACUUUCCACCUGCUCAGGGAGGUCCUGGAGAUGGCCCGGGCCGAGCAGAUCGCCCAGCAGGCCGACAGCAACCGCAGAAUGAUGGACAGCUUUGGAAAAUGAAGACGGCGCCAUCUU